CACUGCCUUGUUGAAGGGUCCGCGGGUGGCCACCCGCCCCCCCGACCCCGUGAUAUGACGUGUCUCCCGACAGGUGCGCUCGUGACGGCGCGGUGGCUCGGGGACGCCGUGCGGAGCGGCCGCGUGGGAGCCAGUCUGCGCGUUCUCGACGCAUCGUGGCACCUGCCCGCGCUGCAGCGGCGCGCGCGGAGGGAGUUCGAAAAGAAGCACAUACCGGGUGCCGCGUUCUUCGAUCUGGAGCGCUGCUGCGACCGGACGUCCCCCCUGGAGCACAUGUUGCCCCCCGAGCGCCACUUUGCCGACUACGUGGGCUCCCUGGGGGUCGCGAACCACACGCACGUCGUGGUGUACGACGCCAGCGACUUGGGCUCCUUCUCAGCACCCCGGGUUUGGUGGAUGUUUCAGGUGUUCGGGCACGCGCACGUGUCCGUGCUGGACGGGGGGCUUCGGCACUGGCUGCGCGAGGGGCUCCCUGUCACCGGGGGGGCCCCCAAGUCGGAGCCCCUCGAGUUCAGGGCCACUUUGCAGCGCUCCCGCGUCAAGAGCUACGGGGACAUCCUGGACAACGUGGUCGCGAAGGACUUUCAAGUGGUGGAUGCCCGACCCGCGGGUCAGUUCCUUGGGACCGCGCCGGAGCCCAGGCACGACACUGAACCCGGGCAUAUCCCUGGCUCCAUCAACAUGCCCUUCUCCUCCUUCCUGCAGCCAUCAGGCCUCCACAAGCGCCCCAAGGAGCUGGCGGUGCUGUUCCAGGAUGCGGGCGUGGACCUGUCUCGUCCGCUCUGUGUGUCCUGUGAUUCGGCGGUCACCGCUUGCCACGUGGCCCUGGCCGCCCACCUGUGUGGCCACUCGGGGACACUGGUGUAUGACGGGGGCUGGUCCGAGUGGUAUGCCAGGGCCCCCCCAGAAUACGUCAUUUCCGAGGGUUGGGGAAAGCGUGUGUUACUGAGAAGGGGGGACCAGGAGGGCAGGUGAAGCAGCCUGGACUUUUGAGUCAUUAACUGGGUUAGGGGCUCCGUGGCUGAAGGAAUCAGAAAGGUGUCACUGGGUAACGGAUUAGCACCUUAACUGCUGGACAACGUAUGUGGCAAUUUCUUUAAAGCUUGAAAGAGUUGAAGAAGGACUCACGUUUGCCAUUUGUCUCGUUCAGGUUUGCAACAGCGGCCAUUUAGGGAC